AUGUCUAUGUGGAGUCCGGACGAGACGUCCCUGCUACAAAUUGUUUCCGUCAUUAUAGAUUCUCUGUCGCCGCUGCAGGACAAAAGAAGCGAUGCUAUGAAGGCCUUAGAAACCUUCAAAUUACAACCGGAGUUCUGGAACUAUUUAUGCUACCUUCUAACAGAGGCCGACUCUAAUAUGUCGCUGAGCUCACAGUUGCCGCUUCAUGACGUCCAGAACUGUCGCGCGGCAGCUGGGAUGAUCUUGAAAAAUUCGCUCCUGCAGGGCACCAAGGACUAUGACCUCAGCUACGUGAAAUUCAAUAUUGUCAAGGGGUUGCUCUCUGAUAAUUCGUUGAUUUCCAAUAUUACAGGUAUUGUCAUCACUACUCUUUUUUCAAGUUACUAUCGACAGAAUCGCGAAGAUCCAACCGGAGUUGAGAUUCUAUCGCAGCUUCUCGAAUUGAUGUCGAAUGGCAAAGAGGCAAGUGCGAAAGCACUAUCUAAAAUAAUGGAAGAUAACGCUCAGUUUUUUCUACUCGAAUGGUCUGGCUCUGUAAAACCGAUGGAUACGUUGGUCAGCAGCUUCCUUAUGCUCAUGGUAUCCAAUUCUAGCCCCAUUGUAAGAGCUGAAUCAAUCAAAUGUUUAAAUCAAGUCAUUCCCCUACAAACUCAAAGCUUCAUUGUCAAGAUAGAUGAGUUCUUGCAUAACAUUUUUCAAUUGGCUCAAAAUGAUAAAUGCGAUCUUGUCACCAUUCAAAUAUGCGUGUCGUUGGUUGAGUUUCUCGAGUUUCGGCCUGAUAAACUGAUAGAUCACUUGAACGGUAUUUUAAACUUUGUGUUGCAUGUAAUUAGUACGGCACCAAAUGAAACAGUGGCUCUUCAAGCUAGUGAAUUUUUGCUAGCAUUCGUAUCAAAUUCGCAUAUCCCUGAAAGCGCCGUGAACCCAUUUGUGAAUGAGAUGGUGCCAAUUCUUUUGUCCAAAAUGGUCCAUGAUGAAGAGGAAAUCCUCAUGUUCGAGGCCUCCAAUGAGGAUGAUGCUGACCUAGAAGAUAAAGAUGAGGAUAUUAGACCGGCGGCCGCCAAAAUCAGUAAAAAAAGGGACGACAUGGGCGGUGAAGACGAUGAAACCUCAGAGGACGAUGAUGAUUUUGACACACAAUGGAAUUUAAGGAAAUGUUGUGCAGCUACUUUGGAUAUCAUCACAAGCAUUUUGCCAAGAGAAGUUUUAUCUGUCGGCUUUCCGAUUUUAAGAGCACAUCUAGGGGCAGAGCAAUGGUUUGUCCGUGAAGCUACAAUUUUAGCUCUUGGUGCAAUAGCCGAUGGUGGUAUAAGGUAUUUUUCGGAUCAGCUGCCCGCAUUAAUUCCCUUUCCGUUAGACAAACUAAAUGACGAAUGGGCCCCCGUACGCACAAUUACGUGCUGGACGUUAAGCAGAUUCUCGUCGUGGAUUUUGGCAGAUAACACCCAAUUUCUGAUGCCUGUCCUCGAAUCAAUCAUGACUGUCUUGAUGGAUAAGAAAAAGAUGGUACAAGAAGCUGCUAUAAGUAGCGUCGCUGUCUUUAUUGAGAACUGUGACGCCGAGUUGGUAGAAGCGCUACUUUACAGUGAGCUUCUCGCCAAGUUCCAUCAGUGCUUUCAACUGUACAAAAAGAAAAACCUGAUUAUAUUGUAUGACGCUGUAGGUAGGCUCGCCGAAAAAUGCGAGUUCGACGAGCUUGCUAUGAACUCUAUUUUGCCACACCUAAUUGAUAAAUGGGGAUUAUUAUCAGAUAGCGAUAAAGAACUGUGGCCGCUGUUGGAAUGUUUGUCCUACGUCGCAGCUUCUCUGGGUGAAAAGUUUGCCCCUAUGGCACCAGAAGUUUAUCAUAGGGCUUGGAGAAUUCUUGUGCACUGUGUUGAGCUCGAAGCUAGGUCUCACUAUGAUCCAACGGUUGAAGUCCCCGCAAAAGACUUCACAGUAACGUCAUUGGAUCUCAUCGACGGCCUAGUUCAAGGGCUAGGGCCGGGAAGCCAAGGCCUGAUCUUUCCAGAGGGAGAUAAGACUGCCUUUCAAGUAUUGAUCCAAUGUUUACAGGAUCAGGUACACGAAGUAAGGCAAAGCGCGUUUGCCUUGUUGGGUGACAUCGUCUUCUUUUAUGAUGCUGCUCUUUUUGGGGACGUCCUAGUCGACUUUCUAAAAUACAUUAGUACCGAACUUAUGCACAAUGACGAUUCCGAAGCCACGCCAUCUGUGAACAACGCUGUUUGGGCCCUUGGAUUGAUCAGUGAACGCAUAGACUUGGCAGAAUAUGUGAUUGACUUGUCGCGCGUUGUUUUGGACAAUUUCUGCGAUACCACUCGGGUUAUUCACAGCUCUGUCAUUGAAAACUUGGCGGUGACAAUCGGACGCAUGGCUCGAUUUCAUCCAGAAGUUUUCACGAGCGGCCCCUUCGCUCAUGAUGUGAGCUGGGCUAGAUGGUGCGCACAUGCCAUGAACCUGUCAGACCCAGAAGAAAAAACAGCAGCUUACUUAGGCUUUAUCAAGAUCUUGAACUUCACCGACACUGUGAACACGAUGUCAUCAUCAACACUGCACGAUUUUUUGAAAGGAAUUUCUCAAGAUGUGGACAUCACUGACUUUGCCGAGGAUUUAUAUGCAUUUUUUACAAUCCAUUCAGAGACGCUGCAACUGCUUAAACUCUCGCAACAUGAAAUGGAGUUCCUGAAUCAGUUCUCUUGA